AUGAUGACUUGGGGGUGUACUUCUGUUAGAUGUAAAUAUGCAUAUAUGAGAUGUAUUGCUCACAUUCUCAAUCUUGUGGUUUCUGAUGGUUUGAAAGAGUCUGGUUCUUCAUAUGAAAAAGUUAGAGGGGCAGUUAGGUACAUUAAAAAUUCACCUCUUAGAUUGAGUAAGUUUAAAGAGUGUAAAGAGUCUACUGAAACUGUUUGUAAGGGUUCAUUGUGUUUAGAUGUCCCAAGGACAAUGAUUGGGAGUUAUAUGCUGCCACCUCCACACUCGUUAGCCACCCGUCCAACCACCACCUGCUUCAAGGAUAAGACAAACUGGCAACGAUCCGAAAGACACCGUCUUGGCCUGAGACGAACUCAUCUAACUUCGUCUCAGGCCAAAAAGAAGAGUGACAUUAGAUUAGUUUGGCGUUCGUUGGAGAAGGGGAGGAGCAAUCACUGUCACAAAACAUCUUGUGAACCGACCAAUCACAUUCAACAUUGGUCCACUUCCAAGAUCCAUGGGGAACUUACAUUUAUUGUCCACUUAUUUCAUACCUCCUCUUCUCUCUAUCUAUCUCUAAUGAAAACACAUCGCAUGCCUUCAUUUUCUUCCUCAUACACCAAAAUUUCCAAUCCACCAUGCCCAAGAAGCAGUCACCAUGCAACAUUUUACUUCAGCCACAAGAAAAUCAAUGGAAAUCAAACUUGUGGGUGCAAAUGGCAGCAGAGAGAGCAAAAGGUGACGUGUCUUGUUGUUACUGGAAGAGGUUUUGCAAUAAAGGCAAAGAAUGGUAAUUCUUUGGAAAAAAAGAAUGAUGACGUGGAAUUUGUAGGUGAGAAAAAAGGAACAAUUGGUGGAGCAGUGGCUCUUAUAAUUGGAACAAGUAUUGGUUCUGGAAUUCUUGCCCUUCCUCAAAAAGCUUCUCCUGCUGGAAUUAUUCCAAGUUCUAUAACAAUUAUACUAUGCUGGGCAUUUCUCUUACUCGAAGCGCUGUUACUCAUCGAAAUUAACGUCGGUUUGAGGCGAAAGAAGAAGAAAAACAAAGGCGAAGACGAAAAUGAAUUGGAUAUAAUAUCAUUAAGAACUAUGGCUCAAGAAACAUUAGGAGACUGGGGAGGAAAUGUAGCCACAAUGAGCUAUGUGUUCUUGAGUUACACAAGCAUGAUUGCAUAUAGUUCUAAAUCAGGAGAGCUUCUGUUUCAUUUCAUCAAUCUUCCCGAAUCACUCUCCGGUUUCUUGUUUACUGCCCUUUUUACAAUGCUGAUCUCUGUUGGUGGUACUUCAGCUACUGAUAAGAUCAAUCAAUGGCUCACCGCGUCCAUGAUAGGUUUGCUUAUAGCUAUAGAGGUUAUAGCAGUUGUAUUCGGAGGAUGGUCCGGAUUAGAAGGAAGCAGCAACUGGGAAAAGGUUCCGGCUACAAUUCCUGUAAUAAUCUUUACUUUGGUAUAUCAUGAUCUUGCUCCUGUUCUUUGUGCAUAUUUGGGCGGUGAUCUGGCUCGAUUAAGAGCAUCAGUCCUGCUCGGUAGCCUCGUUCCGUUGCUUGCAUUACUGAUAUGGGAUGCAAUUGCCCUUGCUCUUUCUGAUCAGUCUCAUCAACUUGUUGAUCCUGUAGAGCUAUUGAUGAGUGUGAGAUGGAGUGGGAUCUCUUACAUGGUAGAGGCAUUCUCACUUCUUGCAGUAGGAACCUCAAUAAUUGGUACUCUGUUAGGCUUCUCUGAGUUCUUCAAGGAGCAACUCAAGAAUAUUUCAUGGCAGAAAUCUACUGAAAACAUAUUACAGGAGGAAGAUGAGGAAUUCGGGCUGAAAAGCUGGUGGGAACGGAACAAAAUAAGGUUAACAGCAAUGGCAUUAGUGAUUGCUCCAACAUCGAUCGUCUCAUCCAUAGUUCCUCAUGCCUUUUCUACUGCUACAGAUAUUGCUGGAGGAUAUUGCAUGACAAUGUUGUAUGGAGUUCUUCCACCAGCAAUGGCAUGGGCAAUGUACGAUAAACAAAGGGAUGACUCUAAUCAACGAAAAGUGUUGCGGAUUGCUAAACCUGCACUUGCUGGAAUUGCUAUCUUUGCUUGUAGGGUAGUUAUUGAACAAAUGUUUCAGGAUUUCUCAGCACUGCGCCUCUAAUCGAACAUCAAAUACCCAAAAAUUAAUAUUUAUUACUACUGGACGGCAGAACUGUGGCGUUAUAUAUAUUCCAGCAUCCACAUCAGUAAUUCUUAUAGAAAGAUUACUCGGUUUCAAACUGUAAAUUAACUCGCCCCAAAAGAAAAGACCAUAAUCAAAAUUCCAAACAGUCUUCUGUGUAACCUAAUGGAUGUUUUCGGCUGCUUUUAUUGUAUACAGGAUGAUCUUUGAUUUCAA